AAUAUAUAAUAUAUAUACGUAUAUAUGUAUGUAUAUAUACGCCUAACACGUAUAUUUUAAGACACUGUAUAAUUAAGUCAAAAGAAAAAAAAAAGGAGAAAAGGAAGGGCACUAUUACUGGGGUUACUAUGCACUUGCGACUGAUUUCUUGGUUUUUUAUAAUUUUGAACUUUAUGGAAUACAUCGGCAGCCAAAACGCCUCCCGCGGAAGGCGCCAGCGAAGAAUGCAUCCUAAUGUCAGUCAAGGCUGCCAAGGAGGCUGUGCAACGUGUUCAGAUUACAAUGGAUGUUUGUCAUGUAAGCCCAGACUAUUUUUUGUUCUGGAGAGAAUUGGCAUGAAGCAAAUUGGAGUGUGUCUCUCUUCAUGUCCAAGUGGAUAUUAUGGAACUCGAUAUCCAGAUAUAAAUAAGUGUACAAAAUGCAAAGCUGACUGUGAUACUUGUUUCAACAAAAAUUUCUGCACGAAAUGUAAAAGUGGGUUUUACUUACACCUUGGAAAGUGCCUUGACAAUUGCCCAGAGGGGCUGGAAGCUAACAACCAUACCAUGGAGUGCGUCAGUAUUGUGCACUGUGAGGCCAGUGAAUGGAGUACUUGGAGUCCAUGUGCGAAGAAAGGAAAAACUUGUGGUUUCAAAAGAGGGACUGAAACACGGGUCAGAGAAAUAAUUCAGCACCCCUCAGCAAAGGGUAACCUGUGUCCCCCUACAAGUGAAACAAGAAAGUGUACAGUGCAAAGAAAGAAGUGUCAAAAGGGAGAACGAGGAAAAAAAGGAAGAGAGAGGAAAAGAAAAAAACUUAAUAAAGAAGAAAGUAAGGAAGCAAUACCUGACAAUAAAAGCCUGGAAUCCAGCAGAGAAACCCCAGAACAACGAGAAAACAAACAGCAGCAGAAGAAGCGAAAAGUCCAGGAUAAACAACAGAAAUCGGUAUCAGUCAGCAGUGUGCACUAAAGGGUCCCAUGAGAUUGUUACAGACUCAUGAUGCUGCUAUCUCAACCAGAAGCCCAGGACAGGUGUUCUAGCCAUUAGGACCACAAAUGGACAACAUCAGUUACUGCUCUAUCUAAACAACAUUCCAAAUAGUUGCUAUAUCCUUCCUACAAGCAUAGUAAAAAGCAAACAACAAAAAUUCAAAGAAGGGAUACUUUCAAAUGAUUAUCUUAUGUGCUUCUGCGCAUUUUUAAAAGACAAGAAUUUUGUACAUAACUAUCAGCAGGCUGUGAGCUAUAACAACAUAUUCAUGACAUCCAGAGAAGAAACAUCUUGUCCCUAUAAAAAAUCUUCUUUCAAGCUGUUAUCUUACGAAGCAAAAGAUAAGUCUGCAAAUUCAAAGAUACAGUAUCCCUUCAAAACAGAUAGGCGUUCAGGGGAAAGAUCAUGGAUGGUGUUGCUUCAUCCAGGAGGUCUUGAGAUCCCUUAGGACAGUCCUGGCAUUUGGAAUCAUAGGACACAAUCAUCAUAAAAACAACUGCUUUAAUAUCAGUUCUAUUGUCCUCAUCCUGUACUUCUACAAGGAACACGAGAGUGUAUACCACAAUUAAAUACACUGUAUGCAAUUCGAUAAAUGGCAAAAUUUGGAAGAAAUUAUAGAGUUGGAGAUUACUUUUGUGCUUUAAAGAACUGUGAAGGGUUGUGACCACCUGGAACAGCUCUCCAAUCUAUGUCAGCACUGUUUUUGUUCAGCCUCUGCUAUUCCUUGGGUUAUAUAAGUCUGUAAACUAGGGCCUGUAACUUACUUCCAAAACACAAAAUCACACUUAUUAGAAGAAAAAUCUGAUUUUAUUGAAAACAAAAAAUAGAGCAAGGGGAAUCCAACAUGUUUGCCAAGUUACGUGAUUUAUUUUUCUCUCAAUGGGUAAAACUAUUUGAUUACCUGUUCAGUGGUCCACCUGGAACUAAAUGGGAUACUACUUGCUAAUAAGGUGUAUUUAGUAGGGGAGAAUGCCACCAUAAUAAAUAUAUUUGUUAAUAGUUUGUAAAAUUCUGUUCACUUUGUUUCAUUGUAUGUGUUAUGAGAAAUUGUUACUCUUAAACUCUCACAAAUCAGAAGGGAAUUUUGCUCAAUCAGAGAACUUUUGUUUUAAUGCCCAUGUAAUUAAGAUGAACACCACUCAGUGUUUUGAAUUCUUUAUCUGAAUAGAUGGAGAUAUAUUUAGAGUGUAUUAGAAGCUAGUAAUUCAAACAUUUUCUUAUUUUACUCAACAAAAUUUUAAGUAUAGAUGCUUGGGCCUGCCUGAUUAGCUUCAUUGCUCUCUUCCCUUGCUUAGAAAUGCGUGUCUUUUCUUGUAUGCUGGUUCCUCCUGCAUCUUCAACAUUUAGCCUUUUCUUCUCCAUAUUUUCUCAGUCUGUGGAUCUCUUUUGGGGAUUGAAGUCACCCUAGCAGAAGCUCUACCAGUGUUGUACAGGAUACAGCUAGUCCAAUACAGCAGGAGGUAUCGCUGAGUGUGCAGCAGGGAGCCUGUGACCCACCGUAACCCUCUUGCUGUGAUGGAAGGAUGCAUGGCGACUCUAUCCACCAGACUUCCUAGUCCUCUCAGGAGCACUGCUUGCUGAAGAACUUGAAAUGAAUCUGACUUCUAGCUGCCUAUCCCUGGGCUCCUUUUCUCCACCAACUGUACUGUUCAUGUGGACUGAUUGGUGUAAUUGGUUUUCCAUCUCU